AAUAAAAUACAUGUCAAAAUCAAAAUAAGUGAUUGUGUAUCAUCCGGUUAUUAAUUAAUUGUUUUGGUAUAAUUAAAGUGAAACAAAAAGCAACAACAUGUUUAAAAAGAUUAGUGCCAGCUAUCUAACGGUGGUAUCGAUCCUGUAGCUAUGACCUUUCAACCUUGGACAAUGACACGGCUGCAUGAACCUACAACAUUCAGGAGGUUCGACGAGAAGGAGAGCAUAUCUGGCAUGCAGCAGCUCAAGUCCUCGGUUCAGAAGGGCAUACGAGCCAGGCUGUUGGAGCUGUACCCGACGCUCGAGAACUAUGUGGACCAGGUGCUGCCGAAGAAGGAUACGUUCAGGAUUGUUAAAUGCCACGAGCACGUGGAGAUAAUGGUGAACAGCGCCGGCGAGCUGCUGUUCUUCCGGCAGCGCGAGGGGCCCUGGAUGCCCACGCUGCGCCUGCUGCACAAGUACCCAUUCUUCCUGCCCAUGCAGCAAGUGGACAAGGGCGCGAUCCGGUUCGUGCUGAGCGGCGCCAAUAUCAUGUGUCCGGGGCUGACGUCACCGGGCGCCCGGAUGUCCCCCGUGGAUAAGGGGCAGGUGGUCUGUGUGCUGGCUGAGGGGAAACAGCACGCGCUGGCUGUUGGCAUCACGGCCUUGUCCACUGACGAUAUAGCCAAGGUGAACAAGGGCGUCGGUAUUGAAAAUUGCCACUAUCUCAAUGAUGGCCUGUGGCAAAUGAAACCAGUAAAGUAAAUGUAAAGGUGUAAAUUGUGGAUUUCCCAAUGUAUUUAACUAUAUUUUAAGUUUUAUAUAUAAUAAAAUUUUGUUUAAUAAGUAAUAA